AUGAAUAGAAUAGAACUUGUGUUUUGUCUAGUCUCACUUGCCCUGACGCUGUUUCUCGCAGCGCUAGACAUUGUCAUUGUCAUUACGUUAUAUGAUACGAUAGGGGAAAAGUUCAAAUCUUAUGACAGUAUCGGUUGGCUAGUGACAGGAUAUUCGUUACCCAAUGCGCUCUUCACGUUACUAUGGGGUCGUUUGGCCGCUCUCUUUGGCCUGAAGACCAGUUUGAUUGUGUCCAUCGUGAUUUUUGAAAUAGGUUCACUUAUCGUUGCUGUCGCCGACUCCAUGGGUAUGUUGAUUGGAGGUAGAGUGGUAGCAGGGUGUGGUGGAAGCGGGAUUCAGUCCUUAGUGUUUGUUGUCGGGACAUCGCUGGUCCAGGAAAGAAACAGAGGCUUUGUAAUUACCGUGUUGGGGUUCGCUUUCGCCAUCGCAUUCGCUGUGGGUCCGGUGAUUGGAGGUGCGCUGACCGAAGAUGCUUCUUGGCGCUGGUGUUUUUUCAUCAAUUUACCCAUUGGAGGGCUCGCGCUGGCCAUGUUAGCAAUAAGCUAUCGUCCAACUGACAUACCUCUAUUGAAAUCCAUCAAAGAAAACCUAAUUUACAUCAAGGAUGCCAAUUAUCGUCAAAUGUUGACCUUACCCUAUUGGAAAAGCCUGUUGCUGUUUUACGUUUUUGAACUUGACUUUGUGGGCUUUGCACUUUCCUCCACCGGGUUCGUACUGUUCAUGUUGGGGUUCACUUUUGGCGGAAAUGAACACAGCUGGUAUUCGGGCACGAUUAUUGCAUAUGUCACAGUUGGCGGGUGCCUCAUAUUUGCAUUCGCGUUCUAUGAUUUUGUCGUUUUGCGUCCGUGGGGUAAACGUUAUGGGAUCAUGGAGGCAAAACCAUUACUUGACUGGUCUUCCUGCUCCAUCUUGGGACUCUGGACUAGCUCUUUUGCACUCUUUUUCUGUUGUUUUGCAUUUAACAUGCAGACGGUCUACGUUGUUCAGUUCUUCCAGCUAGUGUUUAACAAGGGUCCAACCGCAGCCAGCAUGCAUCUCUGGGGAUUCUUAAUACCAACUAUGGUUAGUAUUGUCGUUUUGGGGAAAGUGAGCAACGUCACCGGCUAUGUCAAGCCGGCAAUAGUAGCUGGUGCGAUUUGUGGUGUUGUGGGUUCAGGUCUCUUGACGCUCCAGAACAAUCACAGUACAACGGGCCAAACCAUUGGCUACACAAUCUUGCCAGGUAUCGCAUUCGGAAGCAUCAUGCAGAAUACCUUGCUAAGCGCACAAAUCCAGAUCGAGUACACAGAUCCAGAAUUCCACAGGAAGUUUAUUGAGGUUACUGCACUCAACACGUUUGCCAAGGCGUUGGGAAUGUCGUUCGGUGGUAUUAUUGCUACGAUGAUCUUCACCAACUCUGUGAAGAAUCAACUAAUAAGUGCUGGGCUGCAGAUGUCAGGGUUCACAAACGUCGAGGACCUGAUCGCCUCACGCGCUCAAAAUUACGACGGCAAGGACUCGCAAAUUUCUGUGAUUAUCGCGCGAGCCAUUCGAAAUGUGUUCUAUGCUGCCCUGGGUUGCUAUGCACUCAGCUUUUUGUUCAGUAUUUUCACUUCGAACAAAAGACUCAUACGCCCACCCAAAUCCGAGGACCUCGAACAAUCUUAUACGGAGAAAACACAAGAGAACAGUUUACCGGGAACAUCUGCGUCCUCCGACUAA